AUGUUAAUUCUUGCUGGAAAAAAAUUAAAAGACUUAAACGAAUAUACUCAAAUGUAGAAUAAUGAAAUCAAACAUUUGGAUAUUUCUAAUAAUUUGCUUAAAUCUGGAAAGGAAUUUGCUUAUUUUCAAAAUCUAGAGACGUUGAUCAUUGAUAAUAAUUAUUAUUUUAAUCUAAAUGAUUUUCCUUAACUUCCACAACUCGUAACUUUAAGUGCAAAUAAGAAUAAUUUUAAUAAUUUAGAAAUUUUCAUAGAAGAUUGUUAAACUAAGUUUCCUAAACUAACACAUUUGAGUCUCAUAAAAAACCCAAUUUGUCCCAUGUUUAUUGGUGAAGAGGAAUAUUAAACUUAUAGAUCAACUCUAAUUAAAUAAUUAAGGAAUUUAAAAAACAUAGAUGGAGUGCCAGUUGACCCAAACGAAGUCGAUCCAAAUUAUUUUAAAUAAUAAAAAAUUUAGUAAUAGCAACAGCAAUAAUUAAAUGUAAUUCUAUUAUUUAAAUAGCAGAAGCAUGACGAAGCGAAAGGAACGAUCGAAUUCAACUAAAAAUAUUAAAAACCUGGGUCUAAAACUGUUAAACAGAGGAGUGAGGGCAAUAGAUUUGUUAAGAACAAUUAAUUGUGA